AUGGCUCCUGAGGUUGUCCUCAUGGACCCCCCCAAAACCAGGCGAGUCAGCGAGUUCAGGAUGAUCCCGAGACCUCCUGCCCAGUACCUCCGCUUCGAGGACAUCAGCGCGGCAGCCUUCAGGAUCCAGUCAGGGAUGCAGAAGACGCCUUGCACGAUUGUCCAAACAGUACGGGAUGGAGAUCUACCUGAAGAAGGAGCACCUGCACUACACCGGCUCUGUGAAAGAGAGAGAGUGCUGUACCUGCUCACCUCCCUCACGCAGCAGCAGCAGAGGAUGGGUGUGAUCGUGGCCACUGACUGUAACUUCUCCAUGGCCGUGGCGCACCACGCGGUGGAGCUGAAGAUCCCGGUGUUUGUCAUCAUGCCGUCAAGUUGCUCCUCGCCCCGCCUCAGGAUCUACAGAGACUACGGCGCCAUGGUUAUCUCCUACGGCAGCACCGGCCGCGAUUCCCAGAACCACGCCUGCCAUCUGGCCAGAGAGAAUGGAUACCUCUACCUGGAAGAAGAUGAAAAUGCAGCGUACCUGGCAGGACUGGGCACUGUGGGCAUGGAGAUCUAUGAACAGGUGCCCAAACUGGAGGCAGUGGUCAUUCCUGCUGCAGGACAGUAUGGUCUACUGGCUGGCACCGCUGCAGCCAUCAAACACCUCGACUCUCGCAUUCUUGUCGUAGGAGUUGAACCAGAAGAUUUCCCUUUGCUGCUACAAUCUCUGAAAACGAACGGUCCAAUCAAAGACAUGCACAGCAACCCCAAUAAGAAACUUUAUGGAGAUCUUAUGGAGCAUUCACUUGGUGUUAACACCUUUCAGCUGGCACAGAAACUGGUGGACAAAGUCAUCACUGUCAGUGAGGAAGACUCUCUGGUGGCAAUGCUGCGGUUUCAGGAGUUCGAACGCUCCACUGUGGACACAGAGGGAGCCAUGGGAUUGGCUGCCAUUUGGGUGGCUGUGGUGGUGAGCAGCGCUAACAUGGAGCUGGAAGUGGUGAGGCAGUGCAUGGACCGAGCUUUGGUGUUGGACAACCGGAUCAGUAAGUUCUCAGUGCAGCUGGGAGAGUGGCCAGGAGACAUGGCUAAGCUGCUGGAUGUUCUGACCAGAGAGGACGUCAGGUUGUUGGACGUCUGCCAUCGUAGACACAGCGAUAAGUCAGAGCUCUUCAAGGCAAAGGUGGAGUGUGUGGUGGAAACCAGGGAUAAGAUGCAGAGCGCUCAUCUGCGCAAGACGCUGAGCGAGCGCUACCCCUCUAUAUGCUGGCUGGACCGGUGA